UGAGCCUAUGAGGAAUGAACUACGCUCUGGAUGAUGUUCCUUCCCAAAAUCACCAUGAAUAUGCCUUUCCACUGGUGGCACGAGCCACAACUGUCACCCAGGUUCCUCCAGCCAAGACGAUAACCUUCUUCAAGAAAGGAGACCCCCGCUUUGGUGGAGUUCGGAUGGUUGUCAACCAGCGCAUGUUCAAGAGCUUCAAUGCCCUCAUGGAUGAGCUCUCUCACCACAUUCCCCUAUCAUUUGGUGUCCGCACCAUCACUACACCCCAAGGAGUACACUGUAUUAAUUCCUUGGAGCAGCUGGAAGAUGGAGGCUGUUAUAUUUGUUCUGACAGAAACCCUUCCAAGGCCCUUGGUGGAUCACAUAAGCAGUCAACAGCAUCCUCAGCAAGUGGCUAUCCCACCCAGAGGCUUGGCAACUCAGAAAGCUGGCAGGAGACCCCACCCUGGCAGGGCCCUAAUGCCCCGAGGAAGUUAACUCUGGUAAAGAAUGGAGAUAUUGGGUUUCGGCGUUCCUUGAUUCUGAGUCUGAAGAAUACCCAGAACCUAAAGGCCUUCCUCAAUGAUGCAUCGGAGGUUUUGCACUUCCCAGUAAAUCAGCUCUACAAUACCGAUGGGAGUAAGGUGGAAUCCCUACAGAGUCUGCUACAAGGCCCUUCUAUUGUGGUGUGUGCUGGACAAGAGCCAUUCAGACCUAUGGCGGUGGAAAGCUCCAGGAGACGUUUGCCUGAGAAGUUGCCAGGACUGUCUUCAAAGAAGAGCAAUGCUAAUUGGGAGCUGAAAGCCAAGAAGAGUGUCAUCCAUUCAAGGUCUGAAUCGAGCAACAGAUUGAGGCAGCUUUCCCUGACAUCGGAGAAGUCCUAUGCCAAUGCCUCUAGGGCCUCUAUUAGCAGUGGCAGUCCUGUCCCUACAACCAACACCAAUGCUUCAGAGAGGUCUCCUUGUGCGAUUCCCUUUGGGCCUAAUGAUGACAUUGAGAAGAAGGUUCAUGUGAACAAAGAUGGCAGCCUCUCGGUGGAAAUGAAAGUACGAUUCCGGCUCCUCAGUGAGGAAAUGCUCCAGUGGUCCACCCAAGUUAGGAAACUGUCCCAUCUCAGGGAAGCCAAUGGGGAUGAACCAGGACUCAGAGGAGUUGCCUUCCAUCCUUCCAGGGAGAAUAAUGUGCAGAGGUCUUCAGAGAUGGGUACUUUCCUUUGUCCAAAUGAGACCAAUUCCCAAGGGCUGGAAGAAGUUUCUUAUCUACAGCCACAACCCAAUUAUGAGAUUUGGAAAAAUCCCAUGUUUGUUUCCCAGGGACAUGGAGCAGCUCCUGGGAGAAGUUCCUGGGUAACCCAGUCCCCUUGCUCAGGGGCCUCAUUGUUUCGACAGGCCAUCCACCAGACAAAGACUUCUGGGAACAGUCUCUGCACCAUUUCUGGUGGAGAACCCUUGGAAUGCAGUGCAGCAGGAUCCCCUCAUCAUUCUGGGACCCUGGAGAGCAGGUUACAGGGCCAUGCAAAGCACCAGGGUUCAGGUCACAGGAACUUAACCACAGUCGCUUCAAGUGAUGAUGAGGUGGAGGAAGACUAUACCCUCCUUGGGAAAAACAGUAAAUCUUGUGGUGGAGAGCCUGACUCACCCAGGAAGAGGUCCCAAAAAACUCAGGAACCCAAGGCAGGGAGGGAGUGGCCACCAGAUGAGGAGGAGGGAAAUAAAGCGUGUUCACUGGACCACCUCAAGGAUGAGGCUUGGGUUGCCACAGAAGACUCAUCUGUAUGUUCCAGGUGUAGGGAGAAGAGGAUGCCUAUGGUGGAGGGUUGUGGCAGUCCUAGGCAGGAGGGGGCUUUCUGUCCCUAUGUGAGAGAGGCUAAGGGAGAAGCCACCGUGGCCCAUUAUCUACCAUCCCUUGACACAGCCUGUGACCUGAGCAGGCAAGUGAUGCCUCAGGUGAAUGAUGCUCAAGAGGGCUCUUGUGCUUCCCUUGUGGGCACACCCUCCUUAAAGAAUAAAGCUCUGGAAGCUGAGGAGGAUGCUCACAGCAGGGUGAGACAGGAUACCAGUUCUGGAUCUGUCCAGAACAUGCCCAGGUCAGUGAUCAAUGGUGAGUUCAGUGACCCUGAGUACAAUUGUAUUCCAUACUCUUCUUGUCCCUCACCAGGCAGUGGGAGCAAAGGAUGGAAGAGUCCAAGGAGUGAUGGAUCCCUCCAUAAUAUCUCUCACACUUCCACAGCUCAUGAGGGAAGUAAAAGUAGUCAACUAAAAAUCAAGGACAAUGGGGAUAGAGGGACUAGCUCCAUCUUGGAGGGCUCACCAGAGAGGUCCCUACCAAGGAGCGUGUUAAGUUCUCCUCUCCUAGAGAAGUCUAGGGCAGACAAUCAAACCCCAAUUUCUUCUAGAAGUUCAUCUGAAACUAAGCAGCAAACUGCAAGAGAUCCUGGAUCUUCCUCCUCUUCUCCUCAUUAUUUAGAAUGUUUAUCAUGGCUCAGUGAUGCUUCCAAUCAUAACUCAGGUCAGAAAAAAUUAAGGAAUAUUUCUAAUUCCAGCCAAUCAGGUUCUAACUCUUUGGAGAAGGAGUCUAGAGAAGCCACAAAAGCCAGUGUUAGCUCUCUGGAGCCAAGAUCUUCACACACAUCUUCUGAAUUCCAAGGUAUUGUUGAGAAGUCCUUGGGUGACCAUCCUAGAGUUUUUCUGGAGUUGAAGAAUAAAGAACCUCAGGUGGCAGAAUCAAAUACCCGCAGAAGUAGUUGCUCCUCCCAGUCCAGCAGAACCCAGCCUUACAGGACUUACAGUGAUAAACUGCAGGUCCUACCAGCAAAGGGGAAAAAUGACAGCAGGGGACCCCACUCUUGGGCCAGUUCAGCAGCCAGCAAAAGCCUCCCCACUCCCCCCAGAGGAACACCUCACUUCAGAAAAAGCAAACAUGCUGCAAUCAAGCAUUCCUCAAGCAAUAGCAAGUGGAAUGCCAACUUGGAGGGAAGUGGAAGUUUGGAGGAGAAAGCCAAUCUUAGUUUGUCUGGCUCCAUCACACCUGGUUCCAGAUCAGUCACCCCAAGUCAAACAGCCAAAAGAGCCAGGAAGGGUGGCCCCUCGCCUGGUCGUGAGAGGAAAAUGCUGAGGAAAAACUCUAGAGAAGGGAAACCUCACAAAGAAAAGAGGAAUGUCGGCAAGCCAGAGGAUAGCACUGGUAUGAAACUCAGUGACCUGCCCAGCACAUCUCCAGAGGAAGUUGUUUAUGAAUGGCUGAGCAAAAUUCCAGAAGAAUCUAUUCUCAUGAGAUGUGAAAUGCAGGAUGAUAGCCCUGUGACAGCAAUGGAGGCUUCAGAAGAGAACCUGGAUGUCAAUUGUUCUUCUGAAGUUCCCAGCGAGAUGGCCCAAGCCCAAGAGAAUGUCUUAGAGAGGAAAGAUUCUGGGGGAACAUCAUCAGAUGAAAACCCCAGGCUUGAUGCUGCUAGCCCAAAGGCAAGAAGUAGUCUUUCUAAAGAGAGAUCUUCUAGUACUUUGGCAACAAUCACUGAGGGCAGUCCAGGUGAGUGUGCUGACUUAGGAGGGAAAAACCGCCUGAGUAAGAUAGAGGACCUGCCUAGCCCACUGUAUAGCUCAGUGCAGAUCAUGAAAGCCCUGCUUAGCUCUAAGCAAAGCCCUAAGCUAGGUCGGUUUAAUAGUUUGCCAGAAGUGUCUCAGAGCACAGGGAGGAAGUUGAGUCACUCUGCCCAUGUGCUCAUCACCUGCCUAGCCAGCCUGCACUUCUUUGAUGAAGAACUUGUGACAGUAACAAACCAGCUGACCUACAUGAACUCACCCAAGUACCAGGAGCUUCUAAGCAUCUUCCAAGACCUGUGGACUGAAAGUAGCCCCAGUACAGAUGAAUCACACCCCAAGCUUCAAACUCCAGUGACUGGUGACUUUAGUCCAACAUCUUCUUCUGGAGUGGAUGUCAGCAGUGGCUCUGCUGGUUCUGGAGAAGGGAGUGUGCCUGGUGUGGCAGACUGUGUUCCUCUGCCUGGAAAGAUAGAGAUUUCCAAGCCGGAGGUUGGCGGUGGCUCUGCUGCUUCUGGAGAAGAGAAUGUGGCUGGUGUUGUAGACUGUGUUCCUCUGUCUGAAAAGAUGGAGGAUUCCAAGCUGAAGAGGCAGGACAGCAUCACCUGCCAUGAUGAUAUGGAUAUAGAGAAGAAGAAAUCCUUCUCAAAUGACCAAGUGAAAAUAGAAGGCCAGUCAGCUGAAGGAGAUGAAGAAGGAAGCAGCACUCAUGAUGUAACCAACAGAGAUGAAACCAAUGAAGACAUAAAAGAAGAGAUGUUGGAAAGUAGCACAGGUAUGGUUGAUGAAGAUGAAAUAAAAGAAGUGGGAAUGGAAGAAGAGAAAAUGCUAGAAAAGGAAAUGCAAGAGGAAGAAACACAAGAUGAAGUAAUGGAAGCAGAAAUGAUUGAAGAAGAAAAACAAGCAGAGGAGACAAAAGAUGAGAAAGUGUUAAUGGAAAGAAUGCAGGAAGAAGAAGGAAUACAAGAAGAGGAAGCAUCCAAAAAAUGUGACUCUAUAGAUUCAUGUCCUCCAGUCAAAACUGAGGAAGUAACAGAGCAAGUUAGCAAUCCCAGUAAAGAUGAUUCGAAUUCUGACCAUAUUCAUGAUAGCCAAGAACUUGAACCUCAUUUGAAAGAGGUGGCUGAAGGAGCUGUUGUGGUUGCUGAACAAUCUGUGGUCAAUACCAAUUCAGGGACUGGGGGAAAGAGGGCGUCUAUUAUCCAGAACACAUCACCAGAUCCUGACCCACUCUGGGUUCUGAGACUAUUGAAGAAGAUAGAAAAGGAAUUCAUGACUCAUUAUGUCAAUGCUAUGUCUGAGUUCAAGGUCAGGUGGAAUUUACAGAAUAAUGAAAUAUUGGACCAGAUGAUUAUCGAAUUAAAGAAUGAGGUGAAUCAAAGAAUACAAAAGAGUAUUGAAAAAGAACUGAGGAAAAUCCAAACUAGGGCAGGGAAGAAACUUCCAAAGCCCCCCAGGGAAGCUUUUAGGUGGGACGAUUCACUACAGACAGAACAAAGAAGGAGACGUCUGAAGGGCAUGCGCAACCAUUCAGCCUUCACAGAGCAAAAUAAAAUACCAGAAAAGCGUUAUCUCUCUCUGGCUUUCACUGGUGCCCUAGCCUCCAGUGAGACCCUGGCUGAUGAUCUAAGAGAGCUAGAAGGUGAGGGAGAGUACUGCCCUUGUGAUACUUGCAUAAGAAAGAAGAUAACCAGUAUGUCUCUGAAGAACCCAGCACCAGUCACAGAUGCUCCCCUCAGAAAGGCUUUUGACCUACAACAAAUUCUCCUUAAAAAAAAGGAAGAAAAGUUGAGUGAGGGAGCAGAGGAGCAAGGGAGCAAAGUGCUUCAGAGAGAACACACAGGUAACGAGGCUGUUGAUGAAGCCGAACCAGAGCCGACAUCUAAUGGCUGCAUGGAUGGAACUGAUGCAGGAGAGGAAAACCACAGAUCCAGGAAAGAUGGAGAAUCGGACCUGCAUGAAAGGGAAGAGCAGGAAGCUAAUCAUGAGGAAACAAUGACCGGAGAAGAGGAAGAAGCAGAUCUUCAGAACAGUGAGGAGGGAGAAAAAGAAGAAAAAGCUGAAAGUGACUUGAAAGAAGAUGAAGAUGAGAAACAGGAUGAGGGAGAGAGUGCAGCUGAUGGAAGUGAGAGGAAAGAAACUGACUCUGUGUCUGAACAUGGGGCAAACCCAGAGGGAGAAGCCACAGGGGAUGAGGAUGGAUGCUCAGAAGUAUCUGGUGAUGCUGAAGAGCUUCAGGCCAUAGAGCCAGUGAGCCCAGAGGCUGAGGUGGAGAAGCAGAUAGAGUCACAGUUAGGGCUGGGAAGCCAAGAGGACCAAGAAAGCAACUGUGAGGAAAGGCCAGAAGAAACCCAGAUUGGUGAAAUGUCUGAAGAGAAUAAUCCUGACCCAGAGGUAAGUGAUGGGAGUUUGAGGACCGACCAUCUUCCUGAGGCCCUCAGGAGCUCACAACCAAAUAAAGAAGGCUUCUCUAGCAACUCAUCCAUCUCACACUGCUCUCAAAUAUCACAGGAAGGUUCAGAAAAAGAGGUCUCAAACGGAGACUGUCAUGAAGCAGAAAACCUAGAGGCUGAACCAAAUGGAGAAACUAAUUCAGGAAACAAGGCUUUUACUAUGUAUCCUGAAAAUUCCUUUUCUGAGCAAGAUGAAAAGUCAUCUUGUUCAGAAAGGGAGUCUAGACAACCUGACUUAGAACACAAGGACAGGCUGGCUAAGAACUCUUAA